GGCUUGGUCCAGGCUGUAAUCAGCACUGGAGGAGACCUGAUGACCUGACCUGGGGUGAUGGUGGAAAGAGCACUUUGGGGAUCUCCUAAAUCCAGCCCUCACAUCCUCUGUGAAGGAGGCAGAGUCUGGGACACUCUUCACUACGUCCAGGAGAAUGCUGGCCCUUUUCAGGUGAAACAGGACAUUUGGUUACUCAUCCAGUCUCCAUCACACAAGUGACACUGGGCCACAUCACCAAGAGCCAGUCUGUGAGUGGACUGAUUGCAAGUGCGCCGAGGGAAUUUUCAAUCCACGGAAUGAGUACACAUGGCGGAAUAGGCACCUACUUGGUAACACUGGUUUAUGAUCAUGACGGCCCAGCAUUUCAGACCUUCAGCCUGCCUAAUCAAGACGGAGGAUUUUUCAGAUACGUGAAGCUGCAAAUCGAGAACAACUGUGGCAACAUCGAUUACACGGGCGUAUAUAGUUUCAGAGUUCAUGGUAAGCAAUGGUUCGAAGAAGUAGUCGCCUGCAGGAAGCAGGGUACUACACAGAGGAAGGAAUACCAACUAUUUCCUUCAAAGAAGGCCCACACAGGGUCUUUCGGCGGAGGUAUCGUUGUCGGCAUCAUGUGGACGUUCCAGUUUAGCACGAGUCCACAGACAGUGAUGAGUCUAACAAAGCACUGAAAACGGUCGCACAGUUCAGACUCAGCCCAACUGCACUCGUACCACUGGAACAAAAGGAUCAUGAGCUUUUCAUGGCUGCUCCUUCUGGCUGCUGGAAUCGUAUUAUUUGCAGUGCAACACGUGCAAGAGCUCCAGUAUAAGCUGCAGCUACUGGAACAGCAGAUGGAUACUUCUUCCCCUGUGGCGGACACAAUGUCUAACUUUGCUUUAGAAUCACAAGGUGCAAGAGUUUUAGACCAUUUGACUUCCGACAUGUAUUGGCGGCAAGGAUAUGGAAUUUUGGAUUAUAUCGCUAAAUCCUACUGGUGGGGGCCGUCAAAAGAACAGAGAAGAGUUAUACAGCAAUGGUUCGAAGAAGUAGUCACCUGCAGGAAGCAGGAAGGAAUACCAACUAUUUCCUUCAAAGAAGGCCCACACAGGGUCUUUCGGCGGAGGUAUCGUUGUCGGCAUCAUGUGGACGUUCCAGUUUAGCACGAGUCCACAGACAGUGAUGAGUCUAACAAAGCACUGAAAACGGUCGCACAGUUCAGACUCAGCCCAACUGCACUCGUACCACUGGAACAAAAGGAUCAUGAGCUUUUCAUGGCUGCUCCUUCUGGCUGCUGGAAUCGUAUUAUUUGCAGUGCAACACCUGCAAGAGCUCCAGUAUAAGCUGCAGCUACUGGAACAGCAGAUGGAUACUUCUUCCCCUGUGGCGGACACAAUGUCUAACUUUGCUUUAGAAUCACAAGGUGCAAGAGUUUUAGACCAUUUGACUUCCGACAUGUAUUGGCGGCAAGGAUAUGGAAUUUUGGAUUAUAUCGCUAAAUCCUACUGGUGGGGGCCGUCAAAAGAACAGAGAAGAGUUAUACAGCAAUGGUUCGAAGAAGUAGUCACCUGCAGGAAGCAGGAAGGAAUACCAACUAUUUCCUUCAAAGAAGGCCCACACAGGGUCUUUCGGCGGAGGUAUCGUUGUCGGCAUCAUGUGGACGUUCCAGUUUAGCACGAGUCCACAGACAGUGAUGAGUCUAACAAAGCACUGAAAACGGUCGCACAGUUCAGACUCAGCCCAACUGCACUCGUACCACUGGAACAAAAGGAUCAUGAGCUUUUCAUGGCUGCUCCUUCUGGCUGCUGGAAUCGUAUUAUUUGCAGUGCAACACGUGCAAGAGCUCCAGUAUAAGCUGCAGCUACUGGAACAGCAGAUGGAUACUUCUUCCCCUGUGGCGGACACAAUGUCUAACUUUGCUUUAGAAUCACAAGGUGCAAGAGUUUUAGACCAUUUGACUUCCGACAUGUAUUGGCGGCAAGGAUAUGGAAUUUUGGAUUAUAUCGCUAAAUCCUACUGGUGGGGGCCGUCAAAAGAACAGAGAAGAGUUAUACAGCAAUGGUUCGAAGAAGUAGUCACCUGCAGGAAGCAGGAAGGAAUACCAACUAUUUCCUUCAAAGAAGGCCCACACAGGGUCUUUCGGCGGAGGUAUCGUUGUCGGCAUCAUGUGGACGUUCCAGUUUAGCACGAGUCCACAGACAGUGAUGAGUCUAACAAAGCACUGAAAACGGUCGCACAGUUCAGACUCAGCCCAACUGCACUCGUACCACUGGAACAAAAGGAUCAUGAGCUUUUCAUGGCUGCUCCUUCUGGCUGCUGGAAUCGUAUUAUUUGCAGUGCAACACAUGCAAGAGCUCCAGUAUAAGCUGCAGCUACUGGAACAGCAGAUGGAUACUUCUUCCCCUGUGGCGGACACAAUGUCUAACUUUGCUUUAGAAUCACAAGGUGCAAGAGUUUUAGACCAUUUGACUUCCGACAUGUAUUGGCGGCAAGGAUAUGGAAUUUUGGAUUAUAUCGCUAAAUCCUACUGGUGGGGGCCGUCAAAAGAACAGAGAAGAGUUAUACAGCAAUGGUUCGAAGAAGUAGUCACCUGCAGGAAGCAGGAAGGAAUACCAACUAUUUCCUUCAAAGAAGGCCCACACAGGGUCUUUCGGCGGAGGUAUCGUUGUCGGCAUCAUGUGGACGUUCCAGUUUAGCACGAGUCCACAGACAGUGAUGAGUCUAACAAAGCACUGAAAACGGUCGCACAGUUCAGACUCAGCCCAACUGCACUCGUACCACUGGAACAAAAGGAUCAUGAGCUUUUCAUGGCUGCUCCUUCUGGCUGCUGGAAUCGUAUUAUUUGCAGUGCAACACAUGCAAGAGCUCCAGUAUAAGCUGCAGCUACUGGAACAGCAGAUGGAUACUUCUUCCCCUGUGGCGGACACAAUGUCUAACUUUGCUUUAGAAUCACAAGGUGCAAGAGUUUUAGACCAUUUGACUUCCGACAUGUAUUGGCGGCAAGGAUAUGGAAUUUUGGAUUAUAUCGCUAAAUCCUACUGGUGGGGGCCGUCAAAAGAACAGAGAAGAGUUAUACAGCAAUGGUUCGAAGAAGUAGUCACCUGCAGGAAGCAGGAAGGAAUACCAACUAUUUCCUUCAAAGAAGGCCCACACAGAUCUUUCGGAGGAGGAAUGGUCAUCGCCAUGGACGGCAUCAAGUGGACGUUCCAGAUAACCAGGAGUCCACUGACAGAUGAGUCCAAUCAGACGGAACGCACUUGGACCACUGGAACAGUGAUUAUCAUGCGUUUUUUAUGGCUGCUCUUUCUGGCUGCUGUCUUUGUAAUGCAACACAUGCAAAUAACAGAGCUCAAGCAGGAGGUGCAACUACUGAAACAAAAGAUGGACACUUCUUUCCCUGUGAUAGACAGAGUGUCAAGCUUUGCAUUAGAAUCACAAGGUGCAAGAGUUUUAGGCCAUUUGUCAUCCGACACGUAUUGGCCGAAAGGAUCUGGAAUAUGGGAUGAAAUAUUCUCUUGGUGGUGGUCAUCGAAAGCCCAGAGAAGAGUUAUACAGGAACAUUCUUCACUACGUCCAGGAGAAUGCUGGUCUGUUUCAGGCGAAAAAGGACAUUUAGUUGUGUCCCUGUCUCACCCAGUCUCCAUCACACAAGUGACACUGGGCCACAUCACCAAGAGCCAGUCUGUGAGUGGACUGAUUGCAAGUGCGCCGAGGGAAUUUUCAAUCCACGGAAUGAGUACACAUGACGGAAUAGGCACCUACUUGGGAACACUGGUUUAUGAUCAUGACGGCCCAGCAUUUCAGACCUUCAGCCUGCCUAAUCAAGACGGAGGAUUUUUCAGAUACGUGAAGCUGCAAAUCGAGAACAACUGUGGCAACAUUGAUUACACGGGCGUACAUAGUUUCAGAGUUCAUGGUAAGUUGCUGAGCAGAACUUGGGUAGAUGACUUGGGGCAGGAAAGCAAGGCUUGGUCCAGGCUGUAAUCAGCACUGGAGGAGACCUGAUGACCUGACCUGGGGUGAUGGUGGAAAGAGCACUUUGGGGAUCUCCUAAAUCCAGCCCUCACAUCCUCUGUGAAGGAGGCAGAGUCUGGGACACUCUUCACUACGUCCAGGAGAAUGCUGGCCCUUUUCAGGUGAAACAGGACAUUUGGUUACUCAUCCAGUCUCCAUCACACAAGUGACACUGGGCCACAUCACCAAGAGCCAGUCUGUGAGUGAAAAAACUUCCUCCAACUGAUGCCAACCUGAUGCUGCACAUACUGCGUGCUCCUCUUCAGGUCAUGUUGUGGAAGGCUGCAGGUCAGAGAGCCUCCUGCAGAGGCCAGAGACAUCACAAGGUCUGGGUGGGAGGUUGCUAAUGAAGGGGCUGUCAUGGCUGUUCUUGCCAUCCAGGCAGUGGCUCCAGUAAAUCUACCUGAUGUCACCAGCUGUAGCUGCAGCACAUUGAAGGCCUGCAGCAAAGGAAACUGCAGCUGCCAUGCUGCAAGUCUCAGUUGCACUGACAACUGCAAGUGUGAAGGGGUGAGGUCCGCUGCUGCAACCCAUUCACAAUACAUUCAAAUAAAGACCAAGAAGAAGAUGAGACUGAAGGGAAUGAGGAAAGAAAUUAUGAAGAUGGUGAAGGCUAUUGAGUGGGAUUGUGUGGUUGUUGUUAAAUAUAUCCGUGUGUGCGUUUGCAUACUAUAUAUAGUUAUUAUUGUGCAUUUGUGUACAUGUGCAUGCUGUAUAUAGUUGUUUUGCAUGUUGUAUAUAAUUCUUGUAUAUAGUUCUUGUGGGUUUGUGUGUGUGUGCAUGCUGUUAUAUAGUUAUUUUGCAUGGGGCACUUAAUUUCUUAACCCGACCGUCCAUAGGUCAACACUGCCUCCUGACCAGGUUCCCUAAAGGUUUUCACCAACUCAGACUCAACUCAGACCCCCAAGUAUACAUGUUUACUCUUGGAAAAAAUAUUUUGAGCAUGACUUUAUCAAACGAUCUGAUUUUGUCUGUAUGCAAAUGAGCGCAUAUUUGAUGAGUUAUGGCCUCAUUUGCAUAUGUAAACAUUAAAAUACAAAAAACAUGCAAUACAUUUUUUCUCCUCUUAACAUAAGUAAUCAACUGAGAAAGUUUCAUGGUGAUAUCUAUUAUUAUUAUUUUUUACCCUAUUCACCUGUGGUGUCUUUACUUUAUUGUCUUAUUAUGCUAAUUAUGCAAAUUGCCCAAAGUGCAGCUUUUAGCAACCAAGUUAAAUUCCAUCCAUUACGCCUAUAGAUGACAUUUCUGCAAUAAAACUUUAGGGUACUCAACAUUUCUGGGUUUACUAUUGGGCCUAUGGGGAUUACGACUAGACUAUAAUUUUUGUACUUUUUUAAGAGCUGGCUUUUUGCAGUGCACACACACGCACACACACACACACACACUAAAAAGAAUGUAAUACAUACCUCAAUGGUGUUGGUGUCUUCCAGGAGGAGAGAAGCGAUAAUAAAUUUGGCAGAGUGAGAGGUCAUACCUCAGAAGUCAAAUACUCCAGCGCUUCUCCCUUUCCUGCACAAAACAAAGAGAACCAGUGAAAAAGGUCAGCCAGUUUAACUACUCGAACUUCAGUUGAUAUGAUAUCACACUUUAUAUUGUGUAAUAUGACACCGUUGGCCCAAAUGAUCACAAUCAGUACUGAAAUUAAACAUUUUUCCACUCAUGUUGUUUAGAUGAUGACAUACAGUCAUGGAAAAAAAUUAUUAGACACCUUGUUUUCUUCAGUUUCGCCCUGAG